AUGUCAUCUGAAGAAUGGCUAAAUUUUGAAACUAGGUUUCAACAAGGCUGUGCAGUCAUUUCGGUAUGCACAAAUUCAUUUCUGAUAUUCCUUAUUCUUACCAAAUCUCAGUGUUUGCGGGGCAUUUCAUUUAUCGCUACGGCACUGUCAACUUAGAGUUCAAAGCAAAGUAUUUGUCUGGCUCGAAACAACUUCUACUUUAUAUAGCACCAAUUUUAUGUGGAGUGCUUUGGGGAGUAAAUUGCUGGAUUUUUAUGAAAGAAUCUCCCGAGAAAUCUGAAUAUUUGAGAAAUCAUUUUAUGGAUUGGUUUGGCUUGAACAUAGACGAAUGUGCUUACAUUGCUUAUCACUUCUGGAUACCUGAUGAAAGUGGAAUUUUGAAUCCAGAUUUUAUAUCGUUUUCAGGUGUCGCUAUUAUGUUUCUAAUACUUGGAACUUCCUUCGGCAUUUCAAUAUACUUUGGUAUAAAAUGUUAUCGAUUCAUAACUAAAAAACUCGAACACAUGGAAUCACAAUCAAAAGUCUCAAAAGCUCUUCAAAAGCAGUUGUUGUUGUCUUUGAUUGUUCAAACGACAAUUCCUUGUUUUUUGAUGUAUAUGCCUGCUGGAAUAAUAUUUUCAGUUCCAAUGUUUAACUUUGAUACUAACUUGAAGUAUUCAAUUUCAUCACUUGGAAUUGCUAUUUACCCAGCUAUUGACCCAAUUCCAACUAUUAUCAUUAUUAAGGCCUACAGAAAAGGAUGCAUUGAGUUGUUUACUUGCAAAAAGAAAAACCAAGUUUCUAUUACCUAUUAAAG